AUGGCGGGUGUAAAUUCUACUGAAAGUUUAUUGAUGCAAGCUGCAAGAGAUGGAGACUUAAAACUAAUGAAUCGACUUAUAGAAGGCGGAGCUAGUGUCAACGCGGUARAUGAAAACGRUCAAACAGCAUUAAURAUUGUUGCCAAAAACAGYUCCUUUAURCCUGGAAUGGCGAUCUCGUUAAUGAAYRGCGGAGCUGAUGUCAACAUAAAGGACACAMAAGGCAAAACAGCAUUGAUGUAUGCCAUAGMUUACGGAAAKGAAARCACCGCAYUUGCAAUAAUGGAGAACAGCAAAGAUCUAGAUUUAAAUGCUGUUGAUAAUCGAGGCGAAACAGCAUUGAUGAAAGCUCUUAAUGAMAUAAGAUUUGUSCAUGGACGAACGCCGCACGRAMAAGUAUUUAUGCACUUGACGAGGGAUGGUGCUAAUGUAAUGACGAGAUUUGCCAUUGCACUUAUCAAACGUGGUGCUGAUGUCAACAUGGAGGAYAAAGAASGCMAAACAGCAUUGAUGYAUGCUAUAGCUUACSCAAAUGAAAAAAMCGCACUUGCAUUACUGGAAAACAGCAAAGAUCUAAAUUUAGAUACUGUGGAUUAUCAAGGCCAAACAGCAUUGAUGAAAGCUAUUAUCAAAGGAAUGACCACAAUUGCCGAAGCACUUAUCACACGUGGUGCUGACGUCAUCAUAAAGGAUAAAAAAGGCAAAACAGCAUUGAUGCAUGCCAUAGCUUACCCAAAUGAAAACACUGCACUUGCAAUAAUAGGAAACAGUUUGCCGCAGUUUCACAUUGAAACAAACAUGACAAGCAAGUAUGAACAAACAUAA